UUACCAUUUUGGUAUUUAGACAUAUUCAUUGCAGACGAUGGGCAAUAAAGCUGCACCGAAGAUCCGACAGUCUAAGACGCCGCAAAUUCGAUCGCCCGCCCCUAAAGCGGAUGCCGCCAAUCAAACUCCGAUGAAGUCUUACACGAAUCUGCAACCACAUCACAUUAUCGGCAACAAUUAUGGAUCUUGCAGAAUGGUGGUGAUGAACACCUCGACCGGAAUGGCUACCCAAAUGACCCCCAACUCUCCGAUGACGCCCGAUAAAUUGGUGAACCAGCAGAACAAGCAGCAACAAAAUCAGCCGGUGAAUGUUAAUCAACAAUUGGCCGAAGUGGUCAUGCAACAACAGGUAUUGAAGAAGGAAGAAAUGCAAUUGCAACAAACUUUACAACAAACACUUCAACAGUUUCAAAUACAUCAAAACCAGCAGUCCCAGCAACAAAUCCAGGCGAAGCCCAUGAUGACUCUUCAAGCGAUCCAAGGCAUCCCGCAGCAACAAAUCCAAAUGGGGGGCGACCGCUCGCUUAUUCCAGUCCAACAAGUGCAGCAGCAGCUGCAGCAGCAGAUUCCAUGUUCAAUCCAACAAGGAAUCCCGUUGCAGCCCAACUUGGUUACUCAGGCAAUGAACAUGCAACAGAUUCACCCUCAACAGCUUGCACAGAUGGCAUCACAGGGCACCAUUUUGACCGGUCAAAUUCAACAACAAGGUGGAACCCACACUGUGCUGCCCCAAGUUGUCAACCAAAACGGACAGCAAAUGCCGCAACUUCAACAUAUUACAGUGUCUGCAGCCUCACACCAACAUCAACCUCACCAGACGCAGCAACUCCAACCGCAACUGGUUCCUUUACCGCCUGUGGUACCAGCCGUUACUGAAAAAGACAAUAGUGCCAGCUUAUUACAGGAAGCACUUUCACCUACCCAAGCGAUGCCCGUCACCACGACAGCUGCUGUGCUUAAAGAGAGCGGUUCAUCGGAUGGAAAUUCAGUCGAAGCAAAGGAAAGUUUGCCUGGACAAGAUUCUAAGCAGUGUUCCACCGGUGUGGAUGCCGUCGCUUCCCUGCACAUUCCGAAUGCUGGGACGGUACCUAAUCAACCAACUACAUCCGAAAUGUCCAUGCCUAUUGCUACUACGGCUGAGGAAGUGAAAGAGAGGUGUCCACCAAAGGCAAUGGUUAAGCCUCAGGUAAGCAAAGUUUUAACCCAUGUGAUCGAGGACUUCGUGAUCCAGGAGUCUUCCGAACCUUUUCCUGUUUCACGAAGUGGCAUGGUUGGCGACCUGAAGCGGGCGCAUUCAACCAAUGAUCAAGAUGACGAUAUUUCACGUAAGAAGCAGUCCAUGUCCCCCAACAGUUUAUCUCCGAGAGGAGACAUGGCGAAAUGUGAGGCCUGCGGUGUGGUUGAUCUCAAGUCAAAGUUCAAGAAGAAUAAGAGAUUCUGUUCAGUUGCUUGCUCGAAGAGUGGGAAGAGUAAGGACGAUAAGAAGAAAUCUGAGAAAGUGGAACCGAUGAAUGUUGACAACAGUAAAGCGGAAAGUACCAGUCCAUCUGGAGCUGAUGACGACAAUACUCCGAAAGUAGAUCCGCUUAAGUGGGGCGUACAAGAAGUGUUUGAAUUUAUCAGAAGUCUUCCCGGCUGUUCAGAUUACGCUGAAGAUUUCCUGAUUCAAGAAAUCGACGGUCAAGCACUUUUAUUGCUCAAAGAGGACCAUUUGAUGACAGCGAUGUCGAUGAAACUGGGCCCUGCAUUAAAAAUCGUUGCAAAAAUCGACGAUAUGCGAAUAGAUAAGGAACCGCCUAAGCCUGCUUAAGUGACCUGCGUUUAGGUACUUAUUUAGAAUUUACUUUGCGCCUUUUUUGGUACUUUGGACAUUCAUUUUAUCGUCUGGAGAGCCAUAGUUUUGAAUAUUAGUUUACGUCGAUGUUGUCAUGUUAUACAUUACAAAUCAUGUGGCCAAUAGAAGCGACUUUCUCGCCUUGGUUUGUGGUGGCCAAACAUGGUUGUUUUUACAAUUAGGUCGAUUAUCGAAUGUUUACGUCAAAGUGUAAUCGGUGCUCGUUCUUCGCAACAUCGACCGGUUUGUAAAUAUUUUUGUCUAUUCAGAUCUGAUUUUGAUAUAACGAGGAAAUGAUGCCGAUAAAUAGCAUAUUUUGGUUUGUGAAAAGCUCCAUUCUUGUACAAAUGUAAAAUAAAUAAUGUAGAAUACACAGAAUUAUUGAUAUUGCACACUGCAUUAUUUUAAUUCAUGAGUUGAUUUCCAGGCCAAAUGCGCUGAGAGAAAACAAUUCAACUAGAUCAGUGUAUUUAUUUUAUCUAGACUGGAAUGUUUUAGUUACCCAAUGCAGAUAGCGUGAUUUUAAUCAUCAUACUUGACCAAUGAUAAGGACUGUAUCUAUUUUGAUAAAAGGGCUAAGGUGUACUGUGUUUAAUGUCACAGGAAAUGAUUUCCAUCAUUAUUAUGUGCAAUUUUUGAAGUUUUCCUUUUCGUGGAAAAGACACAAAUUUUGAAAAUUUGUUAUUAUAAAUACUGCCACUAAAGAUAAUACAUUUGUAAUUUAUAUAUAAA